AUGGCAGGUGGCUACGAUCGGAACCCAUUCGACGAAGGAGACGAAGUCAAUCCUUUUGCUAAUCCCGGAAGUGUACCCGCUUCCAGACUUUCGCCGUUGCCUCCAGAGCCUGCUGGUUUUGGUUAUGGUCGCAGUGUUGACGUUCCUCUUGACAGACCAGGGUCUGCUACACAGGAUCUGAAGAAGAAAGAGAAGGAGCUCCAAGCCAAAGAAGCUGAGCUUAAACGAAGGGAGCAGGAUCUCAAACGGAAAGAGGAUGCUGCUGCACGAGCUGGAAUUGUUAUUGAGGUGAAAAACUGGCCGCCCUUGUUCCCUCUUAUCCACCAUGACAUUGCAAAUGAAAUUCCCAUUCGUCUCCAAAAGCUACAGUAUAUUGCAUUUGCUACAUAUUUGGGGUUGGUUGUUGCACUUUUCUGGAACAUCAUCGCCGUUACUACAGCUUGGAUUAAAGGAGAAGGAGUAACGAUUUGGCUUCUUGCUCUUAUUUACUUCAUAUCCGGUGUCCCAGGAGGCUAUGUGUUAUGGUAUCGUCCUCUCUACCGUGCAUUCAGAAAUGAUAGCGCAUUGAGCUUUGGAUGGUUUUUCUUGUUCUACAUGCUCCACAUACUUUUCUGCGUCUUUGCUGCAGUUGCUCCUCCUAUUGUCUUCAAAGGAAAGUCACUUGCGGGCAUAUUACCUGCGUUAGAUAUGUUGAGCAGUCAGGCAUUGGUCGGAAUCUUCUACUUCAUCGGGUUUGCGUUUUUCUGCCUUGAAUCAGUGGUCAGCAUCUGGGUUAUUCAGCAAGUAUACAUGUACUUCCGAGGAAGCGGGAAAGCAGAUGAGAUGAAAAGAGAUGCUGCAAGAGGAGCCAUGAGAGCUGCCAUAUGA